AUGGUUCAUUUAAAGCUAACUCUUAUCUUACUCAUUGCAGCUGUUUAUGCAGCACCUACAACUAGCUUUGAAGAUGCUACAAGCAAUGAUAGCAAUAAACUUUCUACCGUGAUUUCGACACCAGUUUCCACAAACACACUCAGUCAAUAUUCGGAUGAUUCAACUUAUAAAACGUCUACUAAACCAACUACAACUUUGUCAACAAACUCAUUUAAAAUUUCUACAGUAACUACGAAAGAAGACAACUCAAAUUCUAAUUAUUCCAAUAAUGUUGCUUUGACAAAAAAAACUAAAAGCUCUAGUAUUAGCACAAGUGUUCCCUCCUCGGCUGAAAAUUCCAGUGUUAAUGAUAGUGACAGCAGUAUAAUUUCUUACACUGACAGUGAUGAUGGUAGUGAGAGUGAUGAAGGUAAUGAGACUGACAACAGUAAUGAAGAUGGUGAUGAAGAUUCAGCAGAAAACUUAUUGAAUGUUGACGAUGAGUUAAACGCUCUUGACCAAAUAGGAACUAAAGCAGCAGACGCUUCGGUGUAUACCAAGCUGAGAAACUAUAUGUUAACUGCUAGCAUUACUACAAUUCCUCCAGAACUUGUUUCUUGGGAUUCACUUUAUUCCAGUGCAUUUUCAAAUUCAAAUAUAAAUAAUAAUAGUACUAUUGUUAUUUCAAUUUUUGAAGAAUUCCCGGUAAGCGCAUAUUCAGUUUAUUUUGAACAAAUUUAUCCAACUUCUAUUGUCGGUAGUUAUUACGUUCGAAACCCCUUCUUAGAAAAAUUAAAGGAAUUAAAUGUUACUAUUUCAGAUUCCCUACCUUCCCAAACUGCUUAUAAUACUUCUGUUUUGGUAUCUACAACUCAAACUUCAAAAUCAUCUUCAACAAGUUCCAACUCUUCUAAUUAUGGGAACUCUAUAAAUAAUCUUUCAGCUAGUUCAGCAUUUUUAUUUGCUAUUUUUGGAUUUGUUCUAAUGUAUUAA